GUUGAAAGGUUUGCUGCAGUGUGCAAAGCAGUCCAGUGAACAGUAGAAGCCUGGUAAUAUAACCUCAUGAGGCAGCAGUCCUGGUAUUAAACUACAGCCGCUCACAGCGCUUUGUUUGAAAGCCCCACAGUGUUUGUUUCCAUGGACACGACUCAUCCACAGUGUUCCAGUUAGAAGCCCUUCUCUCUGUUUUCUUCAGAUGAGUGAAGAUGUCAUCUUUGAGAGUCAAGCCAGGGCAGAGGUUGACAAUGUUGGACUGGCACACCAACAGCCACCUGAUCUCCAGCAACGCAGAGAGGCAGCGCUGGGGCUCACACUGUACCCGCCAGGAGGCACGCGGACUGCGCUAUGAGACCAGCAACAAGAGUAAAUGGGACGAGCAGGACACCUGCACACGUCUGUCUGACAGGAUUGACGAGGUGACCAAGUGGAAGGACAGUUUGCUAAAGUGUCUGGGUGACGUGGACACAGAAAUCAAGGCUCUGAGUAUAAUAAGUCUGCUCAGCAUUAAUUUCAGCUUCCUGCACUUGGGCCCCUGAUCAAGCAGAGGGUUUGUCCUGCUUUCUAUUGCUGUGACCAUGCGCUCCUCUGUGUUGCACAGGUGAAAGAGAGCACAGAAAAGGCUCUGGCAGCGACAUCACUUCCUCUGGAUGUGGCGAUCGAGUGUCUGAUGCUGCGCGAGGGUCGCCGUGGUAACGACCUGGUGAGAGACCCUGUGGAGGCGGAGCUACACAAAGAGGUGGAGGUGAUUGACAGGGCCCGGAAGGUGUUGCAGCAGAAAGUGAGCCAGGCCAUUGAACAGCUCUGGUGAGGCCUGACCCCUGACCCCUGAGCCUGACCCUAACCCUGAAAUCCAUUCCUCAGGAAUCCCGGGUCGGAAUUGUGAAGCGAGAUCGUG